CACCAGCGCCCGCCACGCCGCACGCACGUCCCUGUGCGUUAUCGUAACUCCGCCACUUCCCUAUUGCGCCUGCGCAAGCUCGCGCACAUCAAUUGACCGCCAUGUCACCGCUACUGCGCAGCCGUGCGACCGCCCUCGCCCUCCAGCGACCCACCCUUCUAUACCCCAUCACCUUCCGGAGCAGCGCCGCCGCCCGCCUGCUGUCCCAGACCGCCGUCGUAAAUGGAGGCGGAGCCCACGGAAACCAUUAUGAUCCCCCUACCGGAUGGCUGUGGGGCGAGGAGCCCACGCCGGGCAAGAAGAAGGAGCGCGAAGAUUGGGAAUUGAUUUGGUAUUUUGGCUUUUUCGGUAGUCUGGGACUGGCGACGAUUGCGUAUGCUUUUAAGCCUGAUACGAGUAUACAAACGUGGGCUCUUGAGGAAGCUCGUCGACGGCUGGAGAAGGAGGGUAUUCUGCCUGAUCCGGAUGAUGUUAAGAAGGAGUAGACUUGCGAUGGACGGUGGACGGUUUCGGCGGAUGGUUUUUUCACACGCGAGCCGUGCUCGAGGUGGGCCCCAUGGGGAGAAGGAGACCGGCGUGGCUGUACAUAUGAUGGCAGCGAGACGGUACCGAAUUUUUUGCUUUGUUUUUCUGGCACCGUCUCACAUAUUAGAACACCGGAAAUGGCUUUGUUGCCAGUGCACGGGGCAAUGGAAUCAUAUUCAC